UCCGCAAACGGAGACCGCAUCCAGGCGAAACUGUGUUCAGUGUGUCGUGGGCGGGAUCGUUAUUUACACGAAGAGAAACUUCGCUGUUGCUGAAUUUUUCGUGCGUGGAACCCGUCGACGUCGCAUCGAACAUGGCUUCACUGAGUGAGCCGAUCCGGCUGGAGAGAGAUAUCUCUCGGGCCAUUGAGCUGCUGGACAAGCUGCAGAAGACUGGGGAGGUCCCCCCGCAGAAGCUACAAGCACUACAGAGGGUGCUGCAGAGCGAGUUUUGCAAUGCUGUGCGAGAGGUGUACGAACACGUAUAUGAGACGGUGGACAUUAACAGCAGCCCGGAAGUCAGAGCAAACGCUACUGCUAAGGCCACGGUGGCAGCAUUUGCAGCCAGUGAAGGACAUUCGCAUCCGCGUGUGGUGGAGCUGCCCAAGACGGAGGAGGGCCUAGGCUUCAACAUCAUGGGGGGCAAGGAGCAGAAUUCGCCUAUCUACAUCUCUCGCAUCAUCCCCGGGGGCAUCGCCGACCGCCACGGGGUGUUGAAGAGGGGGGACCAGCUGCUGUCUGUCAAUGGCACGAGUGUGGAGGGGGAACAUCACGAGAGGGCUGUGGAGCUCCUGAAGGCCGCGCAGGGCACAGUCAAGCUGGUGGUGCGCUAUACCCCCAAGGUCCUGGAGGAGAUGGAGUCGCGCUUUGAGAAGAUGAGGUCUGCGAAACGCCGCCAGCAGAACAACUACCCCCAGUAACUUUGGAUUUGUCAAACAGGGUCCUUCUUAUCUUUCCUCUUCUCCUUUGGGCUUGCUUAUUUCAUCACUGUACAUGACACUAAAUCUCCUCUUAUGAUGGCUUCUACCCAUUAUCAUUGAGUAUCUUUCACUCUUCAUCUACAAUCUAAUAUCAUAGAAUGAUCCUUUUUUGUUUUCCUUAUAUGUGCAUGUAAAUGUUUGGAGAGUCAUUACUUCAGUUAUGGGUUUAAUCACUAUGGUAAUAAUCCUUAUCUGAUGCUGUGCUGGUGACAUCCUGAGUUUAUCUACAAGAACAAGCAAUCAGCAGAGAUGAGCACUUCUGCAUAUGGAAAAUGUGUAAAUAGUUCAUUGUAAAUUCUACACGAAUGAACACAGGUUGUCCUUACGGGUUUGUUAAUUUAAGUCUGCUUGUUUUUAUACGUCAGUCAGAUUUUUUAUGUAUGCAUUGAUUUUCAGUAUUUGUGGGAUUGGUGAUGUAGGUCUGUGUAGGUGUGGUAGGAAGUGUAUGGGGUAAUCCUUCAUAACGUUUUAUUUUUAGGUGAUUGCCAUUGGAGGGGGGUGUGUGUGUGUGUGUGUGUGUAUAUAUAUGUGUGUGUGUGUGUGUGAGAUUGAAAGGACAUGGACCUCUGAGCUGAAAUUAGUUGAAGGGGAAAGUGACUCUUUAUUAACAUGUAAUUCAAUUUAAUAUAAUGACCAAUAGGCAUUUUUUUGUUUUUAAUAUUUAAAUUGGGCAGGUUUAUAAAUAUAUCCACAGGAGAACUAUACCUCAAACUACAAAAUAAAGAACAUGCAAUAAACCCAUUUGAGGCAGAAACCGAUGUAGCAGAAAUUGUGUGAAAAACACAGGGUAGACGCACUGUCUGCCUCCGACCACACACCUUCUGUCCCUCAACUGUGGAGGUUGCUAAGUAACUAAGUAUCACCUGAUACUGUUGGUUCCCUUUCACUGGACUAUGCUGUGUGUCAAAUUGGACUUUUUGCCUCUUGCCAGCUUAGAGACAGGAUGAAACCUUAAAAAAGUACCACCUGCCACCCCUGCUUAUUGUAGGCAACAGCUUUUAAAUGAGCAGACUCAGUUUCUACGAGUCUAUAUUCUUCUGCAGCCCACAAGUAAAGGAGAAUAACAGCUGUAUUCCUGAUAUUAUCCAGUGCACUGCAUAUGGGGUAAGGAUGCCUUGUAAGCUAUUCAGCUUGCAUGACUGUGAUAAUCCUUUCCACUAGCAUUUCAAAUAUUACUUCUUAUAAGACAUGAACAUAUUCAUAAGUAUGAAAUGAAUUAUAGAGAGAGCAUUCCUGGGGCUGAAAUCGGUCUGCUUGAGUUGUAAUCGACAAGCUUGGUGCAAACUGCCACUCACCUCAGGGACACGGCAGAUGAUGUUUUUAACCAGCUGAAAGCUGAUGAUUAAUUAUCACCUGACAUUGUGGGUAUAGGUCCUGCAGCAUUUUUCCAGCUAAUGUCAGAGGUUUUGCCCUCCUAGUGUCACCCAUACUGUUAUUUUAUACUGAUUUUACAAUACAUUUUCUAUUAAAAGUAUCUCUCUUAUUUAGGAUUAGGAGUAGGGUGUCCAGAUUAUCUAUUGCUGUGGAAUUUUUACGUUUAAUUUUUAAAAAUCUAUUGUGUGUCAGAUCUUUGUAGUAACUGUACAUACUGCCUUCUGAAAUUUAUUUUCUUAUUUAUACUUAAACUGUAUGUGCUUUACAGACAGGAUAAUGCAUAACUACUUUCCCAUCAAACAGUCCAAUCAAACUAUGCAAACAUGAGUGCAAGACCUUUACUGUUCCUCUGUAAUUAUUUGUCUAGAUUCUAGAAGUAUUAGGCAUAGUCAUUUAACUGUUACAUGUUAACAACCCCACCCAUCCAAAAAAUCAUAAGUAAGGAAAGCAGCACAUUUAUGGCUGUUGAACUUAUGAUGAGCUUACUCUGUGACACCAUAGAAUUUGAUAUCCUUCCUGUCUCAGGACUGACCCUGCAAAAAGAUUUAGCUUUUCUGAGUACUGUUCCUCUACAAGUUCACAAUAUUUUUCUUUUAAUUUUGUUUCCCACUAGAAGAAAUUGCUGUUCUAUUUUCUUUAAUGAACCUUUGUUUUGAUAUUGUUCUCUUUUUGAUAAAGAUUGUUCAUUAAAAAUGCUAAUAAAAUAUCACUAUUUAUUUUUUAUUUAGUACAUUUCCUGUAUCUUGAGUAACAAAACCAAGGAUUACUGAUGGUAAAUGUGUUCCAUUUGAUUUUUUAUUUAAGAAAAAUGUUAUACCUUUCCCUCUUGUUUUGUGUAACAACGAUGAUUGUAUACAAUAUUGUGGGAAAAUAAAGUUAUUUGCUUGAAUGGUACACAUUAA